AUGACCAACACAGCAGGUCGACAGCCUUUUGCCAUUACUGCUUACAACGACGAGGCUGUUCGUCUUUUACAGCUUGGGGAUCUGAAGGGGUCUCAUUCACUCCUUCAAGUCGUUCUUGGUUUGGUCCGAGAUGUCACCGCUGAACGGUAUGAUGACGAGCUAGGCGCUGAAGCCAUGCAGAAUGAGAUGAAGGAUUGCCUCAGGAGUAGCCCUGUCCCAUGGAUUGAUGUUCAGCCCAUCAAUGAGGGCAUGUUUUCUGUCUGCAACCGUGCAUUCCUGAUCCCAAAUGACACACUGGACGACGUUGGUGCUGCGGCGCCAACCGACGGUGUCAGGGCAGCCCCUACUAUCAAGGAUCACCGUUUUCCCGAUGUCACGGCGGUCCUAUGUAUAACGUUGCUUUGGUUUAUCAUUUGA